UUUAUAUGCUUAUGUUAGAGAUUUAGCAACAAAGUUCGCUAUCGUUGUUUAGUCCAUCUUCUGCAAAUAACUCAUUCGCUUUGCGACAGGGAUUCUACACAAUGCCACCAAAGAGAACCAAGAAAAUUCAAUCACACUCAUCAAAUCAAGGGAAGCAGCAGGAGCAGCAGGGUAAGCAGGAGAAGAAGGGGCCGACACCCCGAUGGAGACAACAAUCAGAAGCGCGGGUCCGCAAAAACAAACAGCACUCCAUGAAGGACGUCAAGGUUUUCAAAAUUGAUGUCAAUGCAACACAGGAACAAUUUGACCAGUUUACCGAAGACCGAAUCAACCACAUGCGCAACGUUGCUUCAGCAUUUGUUAAUGGCGCACCCGUGACACCCCCGUAUAUCAAGGAUUGCGUCACGUAUCACAUUGUGAGACUGACUGAUACGGUGGGUAAAGGCCCUUCCGUGGACAUUCUCAUCCAAGAAUACAAUCUCUACAUGAUAGGUUUUAGGGCAACAAGAACAAAUGCUGAUGACGGUGGGGGAUGGUUUCACUUUGCUGGUGAAGUCAUGCCGAAAUUCAUGACAUCUCUCCCCAUCACCUAUUCAUCCAGUUACAGCAUGGGAUCGUUGCAGAUCAGGUUGGGGUUUGGUGUCCUUGAUGAGAUUCGCAUCAUCCUUUUGGGCUUCACUGUCCAAAACAGAUUGGACAAAACAAGCGAGAGACUACUGAGCCUAUCCAUUGCCCCUUACAUGUUGAGUGAGACCGUGAGGCUUCAAAAUGCUCGAAAUGAUGCAGGACGAUACAUUUUGCAUAAAAUAAGGGAAGUUCUCCCGUUGGUAAACCAAUGGGCUGAUAUAUCUCAUGUUGCAUUCGACUACGUGAUUUCCCUAAACAGCAAAGUUCUAGAGAGAGCUGCGAAGACAUACAACCUACGUCUUUGCUUAGAGCUAGAGGGACCUGUUUUUACUUAUGAACUGAGGUUGCUCGUGGGGCCCGAGGGAUAUCUCCGUGUGCUGUUAUAUGAUGAAGACUAUGUAGCAUCUCUGAUAGAGAAGCGCGAAAAAGACAACCCACCGAGCCAAACACUUGAGAUCAGAAACUUGGAUAUUCAAGGUGAAUCUUUCAAAUAUUCAGAGCUGCAAGAAGAACUAUGGAAACAGUGCUGCAGAUUUGGGAAUGUUGUUUCUCUAGAUGCCGAUGAAGAUCAUAAUGUAAUUGCGCAAUUUUCUCACCCAAAAGCAGCAGACGAAGCCAAGAUCUUUUUUGAUGGGAGCAUUAUCGGUGGGAGAGUGGUGGAGGCGGUAUUUUCUCCUUCUCGAAGAUAAGAGGUAUGUAGGGAUAUCUACAGCUUUACUUGGUCAAGUAAUCAGGAGAAUCCUACCAUAGAGAAACUGGAUAGUGUUUUAGUUUCCAUGCAAUGGGAGAUGUUUUUUCCCUUUAGUUUUUGUUAAUGUUCUUCCCAGAACUCUCUCUGACUAUUCUUCUCCUUUGGUACUAGAUGUGUCAACAGUAAAAGUACACAAAACUAGCGUGUUUAGAUUUGACCUAUGCUGGUUCUUGCAGCCUGAUUUAGACAAUGUAGUUAUGAAAUGUUGGAAAGAUAGUUACUGUGGUAGAUCUUUUACAGAGCUUUAAGGAGAGCUCUUAGGGGUUGGAACAUUAAUUACGAAGCCAGCAAUUAAAAAGAGAAAAAAUAGCUCGCUGAGGAGAUAGAUGCUAUAGAUCGAGAGAGUGAGAUGGCGGGCUAAAGUUCUACUACUAAAUAUUUGCACAGGAAGCAUUUAAGUGACAGAUUGUGUCAGUAACACUCCAAUAUCAGUGGAGAGCGAUUCACCGGUUUGGAGCCUUGAGAAAUCUGGUGUCUAUUCCAUGAGAUCGUUCUAUAAGAUGAUCAAUUUUGGUGGUGUGUGUGGUGAUCUUGGGGAUUGUCUAUGGAAGAUUAAAACACCACCACAUAUUCAUGUGUUCUUGUGGCUUGUUGCUUACAACAAAUGCCUGACCAGGGAUAACUUAGCGAAACGACAAACAGUGCCUGACAUGUCCUGUGUUUUUUGUUCAGAAUUAGAAUCUGUGCAACAUCUUUUUUUCGAUUGUGUGGUUGCUAGACAGAUGUGGGAGAUACUUUCAGAGACCCUGCACAUUCCAGCUCCUUGUGAUUUUAAGUCGAUUACUUUCCUUUGGAAGCAUGUGAAGAAAUAUGAGGCUGUUAAUUUGGUUACUUCUGCUACCUUGUGGGGCUUAUGGCGGCUUUGAAAUGACUUUGUCUUUCAGGGGCGAAAGUGGCGAAGUAUGAGAUGCGUGGUGGAUUCGGUGGGUUCUCUGGUGCGGCAGUGGAAGGUGCUCUGCUCAAAUGCCCAAGCUACGCUGCUACUUGAGUGCCUAGGACUGCUCGAUCAUCGGCGAGGAGAAUUGCUUAGGAUUGGUAGGAGAUGAGCCUCGUCUAGCUACCCUCAUGGAGCUGCAGUGCAUGAGAGUCUUCUUAUUUUGCUGUAGCUUUGAACUGGGUAGUAUUUUGCUGCCUUCAUGGAGCUGCGAGGAUAAUUGCUUAGGAUUGUGUGGUGAACUGAGCAGUUGUAAUAAGUUAGCGGUUGCAGUUAGUUUUAAACUGCAAGCUUAUGCUCUGAAUCGUCCUAACUGCUGUGGCCUAUCGCCCCCCUGUUUCCCCCCUCUGUUCUCUUCUCCCUGGUCAUGUGAGUGUGUGUGUGUGUGUGUGUGUGUGUGUGUGUGUGUGUGUGUGUGUGUGUGCGCGUGUGUGUGGACCAAGACUGAGCUACAUCUGGUAUGGUUUGUGGGCAUGAGCGACUACCUAAAAACUUACACAACAUGUUUACCAAUCCAAAAAUAUAGGCUUAUUUUCAGAGGAAGGGUGACCAAAACUAACAGAUUUUGCUAAGAAUCAUCUGAGAUCUGGCUUGCAAAAAAAUCAUGCGUGUUCAACUAUCCGCACCCAAACAAGAAGUGAAGUAUAGACUAUACUGAAUUUAUAUUAGUUGGCAGGCAG